ACAGAACAUAUAUUUUAAAUACAUGCAUGAAAAGUACAAUUGCAUUGCACCCAUCACUUAACUCUGCAACAUGAAUGAGAAAUAUUGCACAUGAAGCAUAGCAUCUGCCUUAUUUAUUCGCCCCUGUAUGAGCGCGCUUGAUUGGACUGGGCUGAAGGCGCGAGCACAUCUCGCGAGGAGUCGCUUCGCACUGACCACUGUGUCACUGUGAUGAUGGCGGCGACCGCACGCCGGUUCAGCACGCUAGCAACCACCAUUACCGCUUGUAAAAACGGUGCAGGCGUUUAUCUGAGCACAACCCAUUCGUUCAAAUGGAAAAUCUCCAUGCGACGGGUUGUGACAGGGCUGUGCAUCGCGGUAGGAGGAAUAGCUGUGUGUCAGCACUGUGCUGUGAAAGGAGUCGACACAACGAGGAUGAUCCACGCAGUCCCGGUUGUGUUUGCUAGAGAAAAGACCAAGAUAUCUACUGAUGAUGAAGACAUGGCAAUGUCAGCUCAUGAGCACAGGUUCCGUCUGUUUAGUACGGUGGAGUACGAAGGCCAGCUUUACAUGACACCACUGGACUUCAUCGAGUCAGUUACCAUGAGUGAGCCAAAGAAAAAAAAGUUUUGGCGAGCCCUGACAAAACAGGAUUUAGAUAAGAUUCUCUCAGAUACACCUCCUGUUUGGAAAGGCUCAUCCAGGCUUUUCAGGAACUUAAAUGAAAAAGGCAUCAUCUCAUAUACAGAGUAUCUGUUUCUUCUUUGCAUUUUGACAAAGCCUCGGGCAGGAUUUAGGAUAGCUUUCAACAUGUUUGAUGCAGACGGCAAUGAAAUGGUGGACAAAAGGGAGUUUAUGGUGCUAGAGGAAAUAUUUCGUAAGAAAAAUGACAAAAAAGAUAGAGGUGGAGAGACUGACAGCUCAUCACAACUGAAUGUGGAACUGUAUGGAUAUCAAGGUUCUGUCAGCCAUGCUGUUCUUAAAAAAGAACAACAAGAGUUUGAAGCCAGGAGCUUCUGGGAUGUGUUGAAGCAUGGUGCAAGAAUAGUUCUCUUUUCAGAUCUGGUGGAGCGUGUACAAGAGAACAUUGCUGACACAACUCUGUUGGUGCAUUUCUUUGGAAAAAAGGGAAAAACUGAACUGAACUUUGAGGACUUCUACAGAUUCAUGGACAACCUGCAGACAGAAGUACUUGAGAUUGAGUUCCUUGCCUAUUCUAAAGGCAUGACCACCAUCAGUGAGGAGGACUUUGCCCGGAUCCUUCUGCGAUACACCACUGUGGACAACAUCAGCAGCUACCUGGAGAACGUGCAUCAGAGCAUACCUGAUGAGAAGGGAAUCACUUUUGAGGAAUUCAGGUCAUUCUUUCAGUUCCUCAAUAACUUAGAAGACUUUGCCAUUGCCAUGCAAAUGUACAAUUAUGCAAGUCGACCGAUUGGACAAGAUGAGUUUGCACGCGCAGUCUACGUUGCCACAGGCUUAAAACUCUCCCAACACCUUGUGAACAUUGUCUUCAAGAUUUUUGAUGUGGAUCACGAUGACCAACUUAGCUACAAGGAGUUCAUUGGCAUCAUGAAGGACCGCCUGCAUCGAGGAUCCUGGGGAUAUCGAGGAGAGGAGAGGUUCACAUCCUUUAAGGCCUGUAUGAAGAAAGAGCUAUCUGGAAAAUAGGUUGGGGAAAAGAAAAAAAAAAAUAUAGCCUUAAUCUUACCUUUAUUGUUUUUGGCAUAUUUAGUAUUUGUACCUGUUCUAUGUAGAAAUUAGUGAUAUUGUCUUUUUCCACAAAAUCAGGCUUGGUAGUAUGAUUUUGCUUUGGGGAUAUUUAAACAAAUGACUAGGAACCACAGCAUGAAAGCACAGUGUUUUUCGACCAAGGCUUUGCCUAAGCGUCAUAUUACUCUGUAAUAUUAAUGCGCCGGUCAAUUAACAGAUACUAGAUACGAGUCGGACUCUGGGUCAGUGAGGAGAACUGUCAUAGCAUAGUUUUAAUAUAACGUUAAGAUUCAAAAAAGAAACUAGUUACUGCCUUUGCAUACUGAAAUUAUAUGUAGGAUAUUAGCUGUUACUUUAGGAAUUGUGUAAUUGAAAUUUUACUAUAGCUAGUCACCAAUUAGAUUGCAAUAUAGCUAGUAAACAAUUUGUAAUAUUAAUGGCUUUAAAUACUUAUUUGUUGUCAACCAGUGAAAUUCCUUGCAUCGUUCCUUUUACAGCAAUAGCCAUAAGACUGAAGACUACACUCCAAGUACCUCUAUAUGAUAAGCCAUUGAAUCAGAGUAAGCCAGUACCUCCAGGAAUUAUGCCUAAUACCUUUCCACUGACACAUUUGUAGAGCCCUUUAACAUCUAAUGAGAGCAAAAUUAAACAUUUAAUUAUACAUACAGUCAUUUAAAAAGACAGAAACAUUUUGAAAUAUUUUAUAAAUAUUUUAUAACCUCGGUUUCACUGAUACAAGAUUCUUCUCUUGAGGCCUUAUGCAGCAAUGCAAUAUGCCUUCAUUAAACAACCAAGGCAAAUUCAUAGUGGGUUUACGGCUAUAUUUUUCUAUGUAGUCUUCUAUAUUAUGUCAGGACCGUUAUUAUAUUUAUAUUAAAAUUGUCUUCAACUGUUUUCUGAAGUCACCAUGUAUGAUGUUUUUUUUUUACUUUCAUUUUAAAAAUCCUUAACAAAAUCCUUUACAUCCUUACAAAUGUAAAAUUUCAGAUGUAUUUAAUACUCAAAUAAUAAUGCAUAACUGUGUCUUAAUGUGUCUUGUAUAACAGCUUAAUAUGUCCUAUGAGUCAUCAUGACCUUAAUAUCAUAAGCUGCUAUAUACAUAGAAGAUUAUCAUUCUGUACGUUUGAAUAGAAUUUUGUUUUAGCUGGUUUUGGUAGAAAGGGAUUCCUGAUUACAACACCACUUUUUCAGGCCACAGCCACAUAUUCAAUCAGGAUUAUUAUUGGUUGACUAUAAAAACAUCCAUUACCAGGUUAUAUUUAAUUGAUCAGGACAAUUCUCUGCUCCCUGUGGAGGUGAUACCUUCACAGUGAGAACUCUGAAGGAUGAAAUCAACAGAUAUUUUUUAAAGCCAUAGUCAGAACUGCUGUCUGUGUAUUAGCCUAUAUCUGUGUUUUGUAAAGUAGGCUACUCUGAAAGCACAAAAAUUGUAUAAUCAUGAGUAAACAUUAGGCUGAAUAAAUAACCUACGCUAUACAGCGUGCAUGUGUUUAACUUUUGUUAUGUUGUAGUUGCUACGUUAUCUUGCUGUAGGCUAUGCUAGUUAUCGCCUACCUGUAUUUUGUUCAUUUUAAUGUAGGGUACAACAUAAUGGAGGCUAUCAACACUAAAAAGGGAUAGAAUACAGGAUAAAACUGAGCGUAAUUACAUUUUCCAGUUGAUUUUCAGUUGAUCUGCUAUGAUUAAUAUGAUUUGUGCUUAAAGUUGACAUGUUUGUUGGAGAAAUCAAAUUUGAAGGUGAGUUCACAAUAAUCCCUUUAAUAAAGACUGAUAUUAAGAUGA